GGCAACCUAUACUGCUAUUGGACCAAGCGGGAAACAAAUCUAUGAGUCGUUGCUAUGGAAAUAAUAAACUUCACCAGAACGCGUUUGUCUCUUCUAAACCCACACCUAACCGAGAAAAUAAGUGUCAGUCAUCCACAAAUAAUUUUCCAGCUGUAAGCAUAAAUGAACUCAAUGUUGAUAAUGAUUUGUCAGACACUCAUGAAUUUUUGGAACUGUAUGACUUUGGAGUAGGCAACACCUUAUUAGACGGAUUGAUCCUUGUUUUCUUUGAUGGGGCAAACAUGGACAAGUCUUACUUUGAAGUUGACCUUACUGGUCAAAG